AUGUCUCCCAUCCCUACCAUCCCACUCGGCGGCUCGGCAAGCCACAUCCACAUCGGCCGUGUCGCCUUUGGCUGCAUGGGCAUGACCUGGUGCGACCCCAAGGACGCCACGCCCGACCCGCAGGCUUUCGAAACCAUCAAGGCUGCCGUCGAUGCCGGCAGCAACUUUAUCAAUACGGGCGCCUUCUACGGCCCGCCGACGAACCCCUAUGCCAAUCUUCAGCUCCUCAAACGCUUCUACGACGCCCAUCCGGACUACAAAUCCAAGACGAUCCUCUCCGUCAAGGGUGGCAUGCCUAUCGACAAGUAUCGUGCCCUGGGUAUGGCCGGCCUCAAGCCCGACUCGUCCCUCGAGACGCUCGAGGCCGAUCUGCGCGCCAUCCGCGAGCAGCUCGGCACCGACCAGGGCGGCAAAGAGAUCGACAUCUACGAGAUGGCGCGUCGUGAUCCCGCUGCCUCGGUCACGCAGAUCAUGCACAACAUGCUCUCGCUCUCCUCCGAGACCUACACCAACGCCGAGGGCAACAAGGUCACGGGCAAAGGCCUGUUCAAGCAUAUCUCGCUCUCAGAGCUCGGGCUGGAUAGCAUCAAGGAAGCCGUCAGCGUCGCGCCCAUCGCCUGCGUCGAGCUCGAGGUCAGCCCGUGGGAGCUCGAGGCGUACAACCUGGGCAUCGUCGACUACUGCUCCCAGCACAAGAUCCCCAUCCUUGCCUACUCGCCCACGGGCAAGGGCAUUCUCAGCGGAAAUAUCCGGUCGCUCAGCGACCUCCCUGAAAACGACAUCCGUCGCCACAUGGACCGACUCUCGGAAGAAAACCUGGCCAAGAAUCUCGAGCUCGCCAACGAGUUCAGAUCCGUCGCUGAGCAGCAGUCUCCCCCCUUGACCGCCACCCAGUUGGGCCUCGCCUGGCUCAUGGCCAGCAGCAACGUCAUCGUCCCCCUCCCCGGAACAUCUAAGGCGGCUAGAGCAAAGGAAAACGCCGCCGCCGCUGGCUUCCAGCUCGACCCGCAGACCAAGGACAACUUGGACCAGAAGGUCAAGCAGUUCAAGACCGCCGGCGGAAGGUACAACGAGAAUUCCCGCAAGCACAGCGUGCUCUGGGGCUAG